UUUCAGGCAGCCAGUAAACUCGUAUUGCCCGUUACUUUUCGCAAUCGGAAAGCAAGUCUUCCGCAAACGUCUUUUUCGUUUGCUUCCGUUAAUUUUAGUGACAGCUCUGCGUUCUUGUGUUUUUGAGGCGUACGAGGGCGCCGGUAUCUUCGUGAAGAAUCGUUCCGUGUUGUUUUAGGAGGACGAGCGACAGGGUGCUAUGAUGAACGCGUCGCGAACACUCGGGAUCAAUGACUCCAGAGAUGAAGUCACAUACCCGCCCACCGAGUGGUUCGCCGACAACUGCUCGUGGGUGGACGCGGUGUCGUGGGGCUGCAACAGCUCGCUCAACGUGACGCAGCCGCUCAACGCGACGACCACCGACGUCACGUCGCUCGUCCUCAUGGCGGUCACGUCCGUUGUCCUCGCGCUCAUCAUCUUGGCUACUAUUGUCGGUAAUGUGUUCGUGAUAGCAGCGAUCAUAAUAGAGAGGAAUCUGCAGAACGUCGCCAACUACCUGGUCGCUUCGUUGGCGGUGGCCGACCUUAUGGUGGCUUGCCUCGUCAUGCCUCUUGGAGCAGUUUAUGAGGUCAGUCAAGGUUGGAUUCUAGGACCUGAGCUCUGUGAUAUGUGGACUUCUAGCGACGUUCUCUGCAGCUCUGCCUCUAUCCUUCACCUUGUUGCUAUUGCUACUGAUAGGUAUUGGGCUGUAACAGACGUUGACUAUAUUCACAUAAGAAACGAGAAAAGAAUCUUCACAAUGAUCUUCCUUGUAUGGGCUGCGGCGCUCGUUGUCUCCCUAGCUCCGCAGUUGGGCUGGAAAGACCCCGACUACCUCGCGAGGAUAACCCAACAGCAAAAGUGCCUCGUCAGUCAAGAUCUAGCUUAUCAGAUCUUCGCAACGUGCUCAACCUUCUAUGUCCCACUAGCCGUGAUACUCAUACUGUAUUGGAAGAUAUUUCAAACAGCACGGAGACGUAUAAGGAGAAGAAGGGAUCCGCCUCCCCCAAGACCAACGUCAGCGGAUGGCGCUCCACCUUCUGGACGACCGGUACAAUCUGCAAGAGACAGGCGAUUUGUUAAAAAGAGAUUCCUAAAUUUGAAGAAAUGCAAUCAACGAACACGAGCUGAGACCUUAGCUGCAGCUCUAUUGUUAACAGAAGGUCAGAGUACAUCGACAGUAGAUACCCUGGAUGAAGAGCCGCGCACGACAGCGUUCACGAUCAACGAAAAGGUGGCACCAUCGGUGUCUCCCGAAAAGACUUCUUCGACCGUCACGAAUGGAUCGAAACCGGAACGAGCUAUAGCAUCUGCUCCAUCUCAGAAAGAGAAGAAGGAAUCUCUCGAAGCAAAGAGGGAAAGAAAAGCUGCAAAGACGCUCGCAAUAAUCACUGGAGCGUUCGUCUUUUGCUGGUUGCCGUUCUUUAUAAUGGCAUUAGUGAUGCCGAUUUGCCAGUCAUGUGUAAUCAGUGAUUACCUCGCGAGCUUUUUCCUCUGGCUAGGCUACUUCAAUUCAACCCUCAACCCUGUGAUUUACACCAUAUUCAGUCCUGACUUUCGGCAAGCUUUCGCCCGGAUACUAUUCGGCACUCAUCGCCGUGGUCGUAAUAAAAAAUUCUAACGAAAAUGACAUAACUGUGUAUAUAAUCCAGAUGUAAGCCUCUUUGAAUGGACUAUAUUUUAUCCUCUUCUUGUAUUAUAUUUCGGCUUUAAGCUGAGUAACCACGCGUAUACAUGCUGGCCAAGAAACUUUAAGCAGACCUUAGCAAUUGGCGUUGCGUCCAAACAACGAAUUUGCUAGAAUGAACUUUACGACCAACAAACCUUGAGACCUCACACACUAGCUCUAGCUUCCCCAAGUGCGUCCAUAUUGAGGAACCCAGUUAUGUAAGCAGUAGGUUUCCACACAAGUAUAUGCGCGACAAGCAGGCUACAUAUAUACUUUAGUUUAAGUUGCUUUGAGCAUUAUGCAUAUUGCUCGAAGUUGCGUCCACAAAUUCUGUAUUUGAUUUGAAUUUUCGCUUGAAUUAACCUCUUGCAUACGCGUGGAGACUUAGCAUUAUGUAUGUUAUACAUACUUCGACAUCUGUAGGUAGUGUAAAUAUAAGUUAGCUAAAGUUGUAAAUAAUAUAAAGAUAUAUUAUGCGAUUGCAAUGUUGGGAAUUGUGUUUUUAUAGUUUAUGUAGCCGCGACGGCGUCGCUCCAGAGUCCGACGCGACACCGUCGCCCGCUCUUGCGUUGUUUCCAGUGACAUUACGA